AUGAAGCAUCAUACUUGCUUUUUUGCUCUUCUCCUGUUCCUUCUCUCUGAUCUGAAUAGCAUUAUUGGUUGCCAUGACAAUGAAAGAGCUGCUCUCUUGAGUUUCAAGUCCUUCCUUAGAGACCCUUCGAAUCGGUUGGCUUCGUGGCAAGGCAAAAACUGCUGCUUCUGGCAUGGAAUUCGCUGUUCAGACUCGAACGAUGUCAUCGUUGUGAAUCUCACGAAUCCUAAUCCAGGGAGCCUCAUUCUUAACUCAAACUCAAAACUAGUCUCAACUUCCAAUAAUGUUACAUAUGCUGCUCUGGAAGGUACAGUUUCUCCAUCUCUCUUUACCCUUAGUCGUAUUCGUUAUCUUGAUCUUAGCUUCAACAAUUUCUUGUUUUCCAAGAUACCCACUGGAUUGUCCAAUCUCACAGAACUCACCCACCUCAGCCUUUCCAAUGCCAUGUUCAAAGACACGAUUACUACCCAGUUUGCAAACAUUACAUCACUGAGAUUGCUCGAUCUCUCAUGUUCGUAUUUAGUACCUGACACAUCAUCCAUUUCAUAUAACUUGACCUCCUCAAAAUCCUAUGCUGGUUCUCUUUUGUCAUAUAUCAAAAGUGGCGAGAUUUCCUCCUCAAGUUUGAAUUGGUUAAUGGGGCUUCACAAUCUUAGAGUACUAAAAUUGAGUGGUGUUGAUCUAUCAGUGGCAUCUCAGUCAAGUGAAUGGGCUAAACCGAUAUCAAUGCUUUCCAAACUGAAAAUCGUUCAACUAUCCGACUGUGAAAUUGUUGGCAAACUCCCCAUAAAUGAUUUUCUUAACCUCACUCAACUCUCUUCUCUCGAAAUGGACUACAACUUCCUAACCUCCUCAAUACCAACACAGCUAGCAAAUAUCACUUCUCUUUCGAUCCUCGAUCUCUCGAGCUCUAACUUACAGGGUUUUCUCCCUUACCUUCCCCAAUUGAGAGAACUUCACAUAAGCAACAACCCUGGCAUCACUAUUGAUCUGAGUUCAAUGUUCAGAGCCCCUUGGGGCAAUCUAGAGAUACUAGAUAUUGGAUUAAAUCAUGUUAAUGAAUCAAUUCCGACUUUCAUUGCCAACAUGUCUUCGUUGUUGUAUUUUUCAGCAGAGAGUUGUUCAAUUCAUGGACCCAUACCUUCUUCCUUGUACAACCUGUCAAAACUAGAAUACUUAAUUCUCAAUUUCAAUUACAUUACAGGCAAUCUUUCUUCAUCAAUCUCCAAUUUACAAAGCCUUCAAUACUUGUCUUUAUUCCAAAAUUCUCUACAAGGACACAUCCCAGAUUCAAUAUGUCAAAUCUCCUCCCUACAAUAUCUACAUUUAGCAAGCAAUAAAAUGACGGGGGAAUUACCUGAUUGCAUUCGCCGGCUUACCAACCUCAGUGUUCUUAAGCUUAGUGAAAAUAACAUAACCGGUAUUAUCACUUCAUUGAUGUGGUUGUUCCAAAACUCCAGUCCAUCUAUGAUUGGCCUGGGAUCAAGUGGGCUAACUGUAAAAAUUGGCCGAUACCCAUUUUCACCCAACUUUCAGCCAAUCCAGCUGGACCUGAGUUCAUGCAGUAUAGGGGGAGGCAUACCGGAUUUUGUUUCAAAUCUGACAAAUCUUGAGUACCUAAGUUUGGCGGAUAACAACCUGUCGGGGACAAUACCAUCUUGGCUGCUCAACCUUCCCAGGCUGGGGUACUUGGACCUUUCUUCCAACAAUCUGCAAGGAGUUGUCCCACCUAAUAUUCGGCUUCAACAAUUUUUUGGACCAACAACACUGAACUUAGCAGGAAACCACUUGGAAGGGCCUAUUCCUUUCCUUCCAGAAACCAUAGAAGCCGUUGAUUUAUCCAGGAACAAUUUCACAGGUGGUAUACCGAUCCAAGUUGGAGGGCUUCAAAAUGUCAAGUACUUAUCUUUUUCAAGUAACCUGCUCUCUGGACCUAUCCCCCUCUCCUUUUGUCAUACAAACAAUGUUCUGAUGCUCAUCGAUCUAUCGAAUAACAGCCUGUCGGGGACAAUCCCUGCAGGUCUAGGCAACUGUACGUCCCUCAUUUCUCUCCACCUUGCUAGGAAUAAUCUCAGGGGAAACAUCCCCAAUGAACUCAAGGCUGCAACUAGUUUGAUAUUUUUACAACUAAAUGGAAAUCAUUUUAGCGGUCCGUUCCCAACUUUCAUUCGAGAGCUUCAAAAUCUGGAAGUCCUGAAUCUGGGAAAUAACAAAUUCGAAGGAAAUAUUCCACGUUUCAUCGGAGAUCUUCAAAAGCUCCGAAUCCUUGUGUUGGAAUGGAACUCGUUCAACGGGUCAAUCCCAAAAGAGAUCAACAAUCUAUGGGACUUGCAAUUUAUUGGCUUCUCCAACAAUAAACUCUCUGGACUACCAUAUGAACUUGAUGUGAUCUUCACUGACAAUAGUGGGAUAGAUCUUUCGUGCAAUUUGUUGACAGGACUGAUUCCACCUGAAAUAGGCCUUCUUGAAGGCCUGUUUAUGCUGAAUCUUUCACGUAACAGUCUAUAUGGUGAAAUCCCAAUGAGCAUAGGUAAAAUGAGUGAGUUGGAGUCACUUGACCUUAGUUUCAACAAUUUGAGUGGGUCGAUUCCAAUGGCAUUGGCAUCAUUAGACUUUCUAUCAUACUUGAAUCUGUCCUACAACAAUUUGAGUGGUGAAAUUCCAAAAGGGAUGCACUUUGAUACGCUGUUCGGAGAUGGAUCACCAUAUAUUGGGAACAGGUUCUUAUGUGGUGCUCCUGAUGGUCCAAACUGCAGGAAUGGUUCCUCAAGUUCAGAGACCGUUGAUGCUGAUGACGAUGCAAGACAAAAAUGGUUGUUCUAUGCAGUUGUGACUAUUGGCUUUGGGGUUGGGCUUUGGGGCUAUUUAGCCAUCAUGUACUUGAUGAAGGAGAAAUGGAAAAAGGUGUAUUGGGAGUUCAUUGAUAGGGUUGUGUUGAGAAUUACCAGAUGCAUUACAAAAAACUGA